AUGGAUUAUAAACCGCGUGUUGCAAUUAUUGGCGCUGGCGUUACUGGUUUGACUGCCAUUAAGCAAUGUUUAGUUGCUGAAUUGGAACCUGUCUGCUUCGAACAGACCGCUCAUACCGGCGGAUUAUGGAGAUACACUGAAGUCACCGAGGAAAAUCAAAAUCCCCAAUCUUCUGUGUAUCGUAGUAUCAUUGUCAAUACAAGUAAAGAACAUAUGACAUUUUCUGAUUUUCCAAUUCCGGAAGAUUGGCCAACAUUUCUUCCGCACUAUAAAGUGGCAGAAUACUACGACUCGUAUGCGGAUAAUUUCAAGCUAUGGCCGCAUAUCAGAUUUAACACAACCGUAUUGAACGCGUCCAUGAUCCCAGAGACAAAGAAAUGGAAAAUUGUAUCGGUUGAAAAAGGUGGAGAAAAGCAAGAAGAAGAGUUUGACUAUGUAAUGGUAUGUAGUGGCCAUCACAACGUUCCUCGAUUGCCAAAUUACCAGGGAAUGAAGAAAUUCCCUGGUAAACAGAUACAUGCUCACUUUUACAGAGAUCCAUUUUCCUACAUCGGCAAACGCGUUGUUGUUGUUGGAGUCGGUAACAGUGGCAUGGAUAUAGCUGUAGAAUUAUCUCACCAUGCAUCACAAGUCUACGUAGUCUCUCGCAGAGGCAGACUUCCCUGGAUCCUGCCUCGCAGAGGCCUCUUCGGGCGACCACUGGAUCACAGUAUCUCGCGCUUCUCCGGCAUGCUUCCUGACUUUGUCCGAAACUUUACUGUACGUCUAGUUAUCUCGCUUACCACUGGUCUACCCCCCAAGAACCUCCGUCCGUUAUAUCCAUUUUCUGCUGCUCAGCCAUCAGUAAAGUCUGAUUUUCUUGAGCGACUCUCUACUGGGACUAUUGUAAUAAAACCUGAUAUAUCGUCGUUAGCGAGUGAUGGAUCCGUGUCGUUUGUUGACAACACAAUCGCUGACAACAUUGACGCUAUUGUUUAUUGUACUGGAUACAACUACGAAGUACGCUUUUUGGAUAAGGAAAUCCUCAAUGGAGGAGAUAUUGUCAGAGAGAGCUUUGCUGAAGGAGAAUAUAGGGAGAAUAUCAUUUGGCUGGAUAGAUUUAUGUUUCCUCCAAGGUGUAGUAAUAUUGCAUUUUUGGGAUUUAUGCAACAGAUUGGAGCGAUUAUGCCAUUGUGUGAACUCCAAGCUCGCUAUGUAACAGCAUUGAUCAAAGGCGAGGUCCCGCCUCUGCCAUCACCCGAGGAAAUGGACAAGCGUAUCAUAACUUACCAUGCCCGAAAUCGUAAACAGUUCUAUGAAGCGGCCAGACACACUACGACGGUUGUAAUGAUGCCGUAUGCCGAUAUAAUUGCAAAGGAUAUUGGAUGUUAUCCAACAUUAACGAAAGUAUUACGGAAACAUGGAUUUGGGAUUUGGAAGAGGGUGUUAUUUGGCGUUCCUACUCCUAUGCAA